AUGGCUGAAAUUCAAAAUAGAUUGAUUUACGACGAGCUGAAUUACAAUCGAACAAUUUUGGCCGAUGAGCACCAUAGUCUCAUGUCAACAAUGACUGCUGAGCAAAGAGGAGUAUAUGAUCGAAUUCUGUCAAGAGUGAAUGCAAACAAGCCAGGAUUCUUUUUUGUAUAUGGAUAUGGUGGGACUGGGAAGACCUACAUUUGGAGCCUCAAUGGGAUAGCUGCGUUGCUUAUUCCAGGUGGUAGAACAGCACACUCUAGGUUUGCUAUCCCGUUCAAUGUUGAUGAAUUGUCUUCGUGUGAAAUAAAACCUUUAAGUCCAUUGGGUAAGUUGAUAGUCAAAACAAAGCUCAUUAUAUGGGAUGAGGCACCUAUGAUGCACAAGCACUGUUUUGAGGGCUUUGAUCGUACUUUACGGGAUGUUAUGAAGUCUUUCCAUAAUGGAAGAACAGAUAUUCCAUUUGGUGGAAAAGUUGUUGUCUUAGGUGGAGAUUUUCGGCAAAUCCUUCCGGUUAUCCCUAAAGCUAAUAGAGGAGAGAUCGUGCAAGCAACGGUUAAUUUCUCCAAUCUUUGGAAUUUUGUUGAAGUCUUAACACUAACAACUAAUAUGAGACUCUCGACAGGCAGUUCUGAUUCUGAUGUUCAUGAAAGGAAACUAUUCUCUGACUGGAUUUUGGCUAUUGGUGAUGGAAGUGUGGGGGAAAGCAAUGAUGUUGACAUUCACGUUGACAUACCACCUGAUCUGCUCCUACAAAGUAACGGGGAUCCAAUUGCAACCAUUGUCAAUAUCACCUACCCUAAUCUUCUUCAAAACCUUGAUGACCUUUCUUAUUUUCAAAAUAGAGCAGUCUUGGCACCGAAGAACUCAAUUGUGGACGAGGUCAAUAACUACAUGAUGGAUUUAAUCCCUGGUGAAAAGAAGAUAUAUUUAUCCUAUGAUUCUCCGCUUUAUCCCAAAUCAGGUAACAACUCACCUGAUGAAGUUCACACCCCUGAAUUUUUAAACACCAUAUCUACUUAUGGAAUUCCAAAUCACAAGCUUAGGUUGAAGGUCGGAGUCCCUGUUAUGUUGCUCCGAAAUAUUGACCACAGCUUAGGUUUGUGCAACGGAACACGUUUGGUGAUAACAAAGAUGGGAAAAUAUGUUCUUGAAGGAAAGGUAAUAUCCGGAUCAAAUAUUGGGCAAAAGGUUUACAUCCCCAGGUUAUCUUUGUCACCUUCUGAUAAAAAACUGCCCAUCAAGUUUCAGAGACGGCAAUUUCCGUUGGCCGUUUCAUUUGCUAUGACUAUCAAUAAAAGCCAAGGUCAGUCACUGAAGCAUGUUGGAGUUUACUUGCCUCAACCCGUUUUUUCCCAUGGCCAGCUGUAUGUUGCAUUGUCUAGAGUUACGUCAAGAAAAGGGUUAAAGAUAUUGGUUCUCGAUGAAGAAGGGAAUGAUAGCAAUGUAACAUCUAAUGUCGUUUAUAAGGAAAUUUUUUAUAAUUUAGUCUAA